GACAUGACUAUGGUGGAUCCUCUGCGGAGCCUCAACAACAUCCUGAUGCUGACGAGGCAGAGAAGAGUCUCUCUAGAUCAGAACACCAGAUGGACAACGCUAGCCCUUCCAGCCUCCCGGAGUCCAUGUGUCGUGCCUCUCCCGGUAGCACCUUACUGCUGGGUAUGAAGAGGUUGCCUGUGCUGCUGGUGGACUGCAGGAAAACAACGGGGCUGAGUGGAACUGUGAGAGGAGGAGAAGAGAUGAAAGGAUCAGAUUUGACUCAUCAAAGAGAAAGACCAGACUCAGAGGAACCAGAACCAGGGAUGUCCAAACCAGCAAGAAGACACCAGUGCUCUUACUGUGGAAAGGGUUGUAACAGGUUAGGGGCCCUGAAACAGCACGAGAGAAUACACACAGGGGAGAAGCCUUUCCACUGCUCCCAGUGUGGCAAGUGUUUCAGCCGGUCAGAAACCCUGAAAGCCCAUGGGAUAGUACAUACAGGGGAGAAGCCUUACCACUGCUCCCAGUGUGGCAAGUGUUUUAACCGGUUAUGGGCCCUGAAACAGCACGAGAGUAUACACACAAGGGAGAAGCCUUACCACUGCUCCCAGUGUGGGAAGUGUUUUGGCCGGUCAGAAUUCCUGAAAGCCCACGAGCUAGUACAUACAGGGGAGAAGCCUUACCACUGCUCCCACUGCGAGAAGUGUUUUAAGCGGUUAAGGAAUCUGAAAGACCAUGAAAGAAUACACACAGGGGAGAAGCCUUACCACUGCUCCCAGUGUGGCAAGUGUUUUAAGCAGUUAGGGAAUCUGAAAGACCACGAAAGAAUACACACAGGGGAGAAGCCUUACCACUGCUCCCAGUGUGGCAAGUGUUUUAAGCGGUUAGGGAACCUGAAACGACACGGGCUAGUACACAGGGGAGAAGCCUUACCACUGCUCCCAGUGUGGCAAGUGUUUCAACCAUUCAGGGAAUCUGAAACAGCACGAGAGAAUACACGCAGGAGAGAAGCCUUACUGCUGCUCCCAGUGUGGAAGGAGUUUUUACCAUAAAAACAGCCUGAACCAACAUGAGAAAAUACACAGAUGGGAGAUGCAUUACCACUCCACCCAGGGUGCAAAGCUUUUGCCCAUUUAGGAAGCCUGAAAGAGCAUGACACAGAGAAUGCUUACAAAAGCUUAGACUUUGGGAAAACAUAUUACUCAUAACAAUCACUUAAACGUCAUUAGAGAAUCCACACAGGAGAGAGAAAUUGCUUCUCUUAGCAUGUAUAUUGAUAUUUCACAUCUAAUUUUUCUUACAAUUCAUCAGAGAACAUACCCAGUGCUCCCGUUGUCUUAUAUUGUUGCCUAUAAUGUGUUGACCUGUUUUUACCAUAUGAAAUUGAUGAGGAAUUUAAAAACUGUAUGUUUGAAAAACUUGGGGCCAAAGGAGUGGCUAAUAAGUCUGGCUGCACAUCUGGCUGGCUUACAUACUGCAAAUUGAGAAAUGAUGUGACCUAUUAUGUGAUUUGCAGUAUGUAAUCAAAUUUAUUACGAAGCCAUAAUGAAAUACAUACACAGGUGCUGUUCCAAUUGACUCAAAUGAUGUCAAUUAGCCUAUCAGAAGCUAUAGACAUAAUUUUCUGGCAUUUUCCAAGGCUGUUUAAAGGCACAGUCAACUUAGUGUAUGUAAACUUCUGACCCACUGGGGUUGUGUAAUAAUCUGUCUGUAAACAAUUGUUGGAAAAAUGACUUGUGUCAUUAACACAGAUGUCCUAACCGACUUGCCAAAACUAUAGUUUGUUAACAAGAAAUGUGUGGAGUGGUUGAAAAAUUAGUUAUAAUGACUCCAACCUAAGUGUAUGUAAUCUUUAGCUUCAACUGUAAAUACUGUAUCCUUCACUAUCUAUUCUUCACUAUAUAUUGCAUCUUAGCUGCUGUGUUUCUGCUCAUCCAUGUUUUCUACUUCUAUAUUUCCCAUUCCUUUACUGGAUUAUGUGUAUUAGGUUUAGUUGUGGAAUUUGUUAGAUAUCAUCUGUUUGAUACUGCUGUACUGUCGGAUCUAGAAGCAUAAGCAUUUCACUACACUCACAAUAACACCUGCUAACCCUGUGCAUGUGACCAAUAACAUUUGCUAACCAUGUGUAUGUGACCAAUAACAUCUGACAACCAUGUGUAUGUGACCAAUAACAUCUGCUAACCAUGUGUAUGUGACCAUAACAUCUGCUAACCAUGUGUAUGUCACCAAUAACAUCUGCUAACCAUGUAUAUGUGACCAAUAACAUCUGCUAACCAUGUGUAUGUGACCAUAACAUCUGCUAACCAUGUGUAUGUGACCAUAACAUCUGCUAACCAUGUGUAUGUGACCAAUAACAUCUGCUAACCAUGUAUAUGUGACCAUAACAUCUGCUAACCAUGUGUAUGUGACCAAUAGCAUCUGCUAACCAUGUGUAUGUGACCAACACCAUCUGCUAACCAUGUGUAUGUGACCAAUAACAUCUGCUAACUAUGUAUAUGUGACCAAUAACAUCUGCUAACCAUGUGUAUGUGACCAACACCAUCUGCUAACCAUAUGUAUGUGACCAAUAACAUCUGCUAACUAUGUAUAUGUGACCAAUAACAUCUGCUAACCAUGUGUAUGUGACCAAUAACAUCUGCUAACCAUAUGUAUGUGACCAAUAACAUUUGAUUUGAACAAAACAAAUCCAAGUGAUGAUGAAGGUAUUUUUAUUAAUUUUCACACAACUGGUAACCGCUGACUGGUGACAUUUUGUUUUUCACCCUACUGGUAACCUAAAUCCAAUGACGGUGGACAUUUUGUGUUGAUUUCAUGUUGAAUUCACUUUAGUUGACGAAUCAAAGAAAUGUAAAUAGAAACUAGAUGUUGAACUGACGUCUGUGCCCAGUGGGACGGUUUGAAUAAGCGGCAGGUGUUGGAUCAAUAUCCACAUUAGUAGCUACAUUUCCAUGCAAUUUGCGACAGAUUUUCAUGUGAAUAUUCUCAAAUCUGCAUAAAACAAUAUACGCAUUUUCCCACCGGAAACGUUUGCAUCAAACAUAUUUAUUGCGGAUAAAAGUAUUUGCGUGAUGACGUAGUGCACGGAAAAAAUGUUUUCCUGUUGAAUUCCCAUGUACUGAAUGAAAAAUGCAAGUUAAAUGGGUUUCCAUUGCAUUUUCAACUCUACUGAGGGUUUUGAAAAACCGUUGAGUUAUAUAGCAAACGUGCUCUUGUCGUGCUCACGCGCUCUGUAGCCAACAGCUCACAUAUACAGUGCUGGUAGGCUACCGACAUGAUGAGAUUAUUAUGGAUGAGUGCGACAUUAUUUUAUUUGU